AUGUGCGACUUGUGUUCCCCGGAUUUACCGGAAGACAAGAAGUUUGAACAAUUAGUGAAGAUUGUCAAAGACCACUUGGAGCCACAAAGGUCGGAGAUCGCAGAGAGACAUAUGUUCCGGCAAAGGAAGCAAAGGCAAGGGGAGAUAGUGAGUGAUUAUUUGAAAAGUCUAAAACAUCUCGCCAAACAUUGCAAUUUUCGGGAUUCUUUGGAGGUAAAUUUGAGAGACCAGUUUGUUUCUGGCCUUCAAAGUGAAGAUAUGAGGUCACGAUUGUUUGCCGAGCGGAACAUCGAUUAUAAGCGAGCAAUAGAACUCGCAUUGGCGCUCGAGGCAGCGGAGAGACAUGCAGCGGAGGCAGCGUCCGGGGCGAGUUCCAGCGCCAUCUCGGAAGGGCUGCAUCGCAUCAGAUCCUCACCAGCGCGCGCGGAGCGCGGGCGCAUGAAACGGCGCGAGGGAGCGGGUGGCGUGCAGGCAGACGCGGCGGCCAGGGCCGGUGCGCUGAGCCUCGAGGGCUCACGGCGCGGCUGCUGGCGUUGCGGGCGCAGCGGGCAUCCGCCGUCCCGGUGCCGCUACAAGUUCUACAGCUGUGAUUCGUGUGGGCAGAGGGGCCACCUGAAGGUCGUGUGCGGUAAUGUUGAUAAGUGUAGUGAUGCGGUUAUACAGAAAAACACAAAAGAAUUAUUAAGGAAAGAAUUUCCCGAGGUUUUCGCUGAUGGGCUUGGGACUUUUAAAACUCGAAUGCAGUUGCAUUUAGCUGACAAGACUCCAAUUUUCGUUAAAUCGCGCCCGCUUCCCCUCGCACUUCGCGCGCCGGUCGAGCGCGAGUUGGAGCGGUUGCAGCGAGAUGACGUCAUUUAUAAGGUAGACCGUUCUGAUUACGGUACGCCUAUUGUUCCUAUAAUAAAAAAAAAUGGAGACAUUCGUAUUUGUGGAGACUUUAAGGUCACUAUUAAUCCGCUAUUAAAAGAUUUUCAUUAUCCUCUUCCACAAAUUGAAGAUAUAUUUGCUACCCUUGGGGGAGGCGAACAGUUUUCUAAAUUAGACUUGUCCCACGCCUAUCAGCAAGUGUUAUUAACGGAGGACUCGCAACCCAUGACCGCUAUAACUACACACAUAGGCACCUUCGUUUACAAGCGAGUACCUUUUGGAAUAAAAUGUGUUCCUGAGUAUUUUGAAAAGUUGAUCGAAGAAACUCUGUGUGGCUUAUCCUCUACUGUAGCUUUUCAGGACGAUAUUUGUGUGACUGGCAAAGACAGAGAGACUCAUUGUAAAAAUUUACGUGCCGUUUUAGCCCGAUUAAAAGAGGCCGGGUUGCGAGUAAAUUGGUCUAAAUGUGAAUUCUUUAAGGACAGUGUAACAUACUUAGGAUACAAAAUUGAUAAAAAGGGUCUACACACUGAUGCAAAUAAGAUAAAAGCUAUUGUUUCGGCGCCAUCACCGAAAGACAAAAAUGUAAAAUGGUAUUGGAGUUGCGAAUGUGAAAGUGCCUUCAAAAGAGUUAAAAACAUUAUCAGUAGUUCGCCUGUGCUCGCACACUACGAUCCCAAGUUGCCGUUGCUGUUGUCGGUGGACAGUAGCGCGUAUGGACUCGGCGCGGUUCUCACGCACCGCUACUCCGACGGAUCGGAAAGUCUUAUCAGUUGCGCCUCGCGUACUCUUAAUGAGGCCGAGCAACAGGGAUGCUUGGUUUGGGGAUAUAGAGUAAUUAUCCCUGCCAGUUUGCACUCCGCUGUGUUAGACGAAUUACAUUCCGGGCAUAUAGGCGUUGUUAAAAUGAAACAGCUGGCUCGGAACUAUCUGUGGUGGAGCGGCUUGGACGCCGAUAUUGAGCGCGUGUGUCGCGAGUGCACCGUAUGCGCCGCGCUGCGCGCACAGCCGCCGCCCGCGCCGCUGCACUCGUGGGAGUGGCCGGUGGAGCCUUGGUCGCGGUUGAAUGUUGACUUUUUAGGUCCGUUUCGUAAUAAAUAUUAUUUAGUUAUUUUAGAUGCUCAUUCCAAAUGGUUGGAAGUGGAACCAGUGCCAAAUACUUCGGCAGCUACCGUUAUAUCUUGCCUGCGCAAAAUAUUUGCCCGGUUCGGUCUAUGCAAGGUCACUGUGAGCGACAAUGGUCCACCAUUUUCUUCAUCCGAAUACUUACAUUAUUUGAAUAAGAAUGGAAUCAAGCGAAUAUUAGUCGCCCCAUAUCAUCCAUCGAGUAACGGUGCAGCUGAAAACGUUGUUAAAACUGUAAAGCUAGUAUUAAAGAAGGCUAUAAUCGAAAACGUGAAUUUAGAAAAAGCGUUAUGUACAUUUUUAUUUACAUAUAGAAAUACAGAACAUUGUACCACUCAAAAAGAACCCUCCGUGGCACUUUUGGGACACAGGUUACGCGGCAGGUUAGAUCUUUUACGACCGAAUACCAGAGAUGUCAUUCGCGAUAAACAAUCAAGUCAAGAAGAACGUCGCGGUGGCUCAUUGCGAGAAAUGAGCACUGGAGACCGGGUUCUGGUCCGGAACUAUAAUAAUAAUUUAGUAAAAUGGAAGGAAGGUGUAGUGUUGGAUAGAACCGGUCCCGUCUCCUAUGUUGUCAAAACAGACGAUGACAAUCGUACUAGUAGAAGACACGUUGAUCAAAUACUUGACAAAAAUUAUAAAAAAUCUAGGUAUACUUUAACAGGCAUGGUGGAUAAUGAAAACUCGGGAGAAAGAGAGAUGAAUGAUGAAGCGUUCAAAAGUUUUGAUAAUUCUGUUGUCGGUUCGUCUCCUGUAACAGAUACAGAAAAUCAGCUAGUAAAGGCACCUUCACCUUCUCAAGCGAUUCCCAAUACGAAUAGUCCUCUUCGUAUGGCAUUAAGACCGCGGGUCAAAAAGAUGAUGAAAUUGUAA